UUCAGUUGCCUGCUCUACGUAAACUAAACAUAAAUAUAAAAUACUAUAUACUGUUUGCUUGUGUGUGUGUGUGUUUAUAUUUAUUGGCCUGCAAAAUUUGUCGAAAACGUUUAUCGUGCAUUCAACAAGCUAAUUGAAUUAAUAUUUAAUGAAAGCCGCCUAAUAGGGAAAUUGCUUUUAAACGCUCGAAUUGCGCUCAGAAAAUAGAAAGCAGCAUGCCGCGUUUCGUUUAGAGCAUAUUGCGCAUACGACACGUUAAGGCGUCAGCAUAAAAGUAAACAUAUUGUUGCGAGAAAAACACGCAAAUUCCUUUGCAUUCGUUCGUGUGUGUGUGUGUGUGUGUGUGUGACAACUAAGUCAAGUAAAAAGGAUGGAUAUAGUUAUACGUGAGCAGGAGAUUUCGCUAGCGCAGAUUGGCAUUUAUGCCUCUGUUAGCUUCUUGGUUGUUACAGCUGUGGGUGCUGCACUUUAUACCACCUGCUCCCGCCGCUAUCGCCUCAACUGGUUUGAGCAAAAUCUACUCGAGUCUGCCAGCGAAAAGGCAGAGGACCAGCAAAGUCGCGAGGCUUUGGUAACUGGCGCUGUUGCUGGCUACAGCGUGCAGCACGAGUCCUUGCCACGCAGCAAAUUGCAGCUAAAUGCUGGUGGCAACUUGAGUCCCACUUCGCUCAAUGGCGAGCAGACGGAGCAAACAGCGUUCUGGGUGCCAGCCUCAGUGAGCGCCAGCACCACAGCAGCCGUGCAGCAGCAGGUGCUGGUGGGUGGCAACAACAACAACAAUACGGAGGAUUCGGCACCACCCACACCCACUUCGCCCACUGGCAGCAUGAAGUCGAACACCUUGUCCUUUUGCUCUACGAACUCAGUGCCCAUUGCUCGCUCCGAUAAGCAUGUGGUGCUGGCUAUGCAUCCAAGUCGUCCACGCGUCUCCUCCAUGAAUGCCAAGCUCGAUCAUACGAAAAUUGAUAUGACGCUUUAUCGCAGCCACUCGCAGCCCAAAUCGUUGCCUCAUGCUACAGCUGUCAAUGAAUCUCGUGGCAAUUUGCAUGUAUCCCUCAGCUAUGAUCCUGUGGGUGGACUGCUUAGUGUGCGCUUGUUAGAGGCACAAAAUUUGCAGCCUCGUCAGUUUAGCGGCACAGCUGAUCCUUACGCCAAGAUACGUCUGCUGCCCGAUAAGAAAAACUUUUGGCAAACGCGCAUACACAAGCGUACUUUGAACCCAGUUUUCGAUGAGCACUUUAACUUUGAGGUCACGGCUGGUGUGAUUGACAAGCGCACCUUGGAGAUUUUGUUGUACGACUUUGAUGCAUAUUCGCGACAUGUUUGCAUAGGCGGCACCAAGUUGCAUUUGGCCAAUCUGGAGUUGAGUGAGCCGCUUAAGCUAUGGACACCACUCAGCUCCGCCUCGGUCCAGGACAUGAAAGUGGAUUUGGGCGAUAUUAUGGUCUCAUUAGCCUAUUUGCCCUCCGCGGAACGUUUGAUGGUUGUGCUAAUCAAGGCGCGUAACUUGCGCAUUGUGGAUGACGCACGCAAUUCCUCAGAUCCUUACGUGAAGGUUGUGCUCUUUGGUCCUGGCGGCAAAAAGUUGAAGAAACGCAAGACAGGUGUGCAGCGCAAUUCCGUGAAUCCUGUUUACAAUGAGGCCUUGGCCUUCGACGUUGGCAAGGAGACGCUUAAGAAUUGCGUUCUAGAGUUUACAGUGGUGCAUGAUGGUUUGCUAGGCUCCAACGAAAUACUGGGACGCGCUUUGGUUGGCAACUCCGCCGAAGUGCCGCAUGAUGAGCGCAUUUUCUUUGAGGAAAUGUUUCGUGCUAAAAAUGCCACCGCACAGUGGGUCACAUUGCAUGAGCCGCCAAAUAGCAACUUGGCUGCCUUAGCCAAGACAGCAACCAAGCAUUAAAAGCACACAAAGCUGUAAAAAGUUUAGAGCGAGAGCGAGAACGUACAACUGUUGCGUCCGCCGUUAACGUCGCGUAUACGCAAUUUUUGUUUGGAAAUUUUGCAGGGAUAUACAAUUUAUAGAAGCAACAGGCGUCAAGGUUUUGAAACAGUAAAAUUGUAGCACAAAAUGCGUUAAUGCGCAUAUAUUUACAAUAUAUAUAUUAUAUAUGUGCUUAUCCUAGUAACAAUUGUUAAAACCCAAUUAAAAUGUACCUAAAAUGCAAUUCUAUACCUACAUAUAUAUAUGCAUAUAAAUACUGGAACUAUAUUUAUAACAAACUUAGCUGAUACAAAAAAAAAAAGAAAACAUUAAUCGCUUAUGUUCAGUAUUGAGGUUUGGUUUUUACAGUUAGCUUAAUAUACUUUUCUUAUAAUCCGUGUCUUCGGUUUUCAGUUUUUAUUUCAAAAUAUAGCAAACAUGCAAAGAGUUCCAAGAAAAAACACAUUUCAUUUAGAUAUAGUUCAGUUCACAAACUUCUAAUAAUAAUUUAUUAGCAAUGCUUUAAGCUAC